UAUUUAUCUGAUUUGCAGACAAAUAGUAAAUUUUUAUCUCUCAAUGCACCUGUUUUAGACGGUUGUAUUGUGAGUAAUAUUUGGGGCUAGUCCCGUUUUCAACGUCUAGCCGCAGUAGUUAUAGUUAAAGGAAUCUAGUGGCAUAAUAAUCAAGUAGAAUGGCAACCAAAUCCAGUCAACAACAACCAUUUGCUUUUGCAAAUCCUGGAGCAAUAACGUCUUUAAUUACAGUGGUUGUUCUUGCUCUUUGCUGUCUUGUUGGAUUUGCUUCUCGUCUGUUUGCUGUCAUUAGAUUUGAAAGCAUUAUUCAUGAAUUUGAUCCAUGGUUUAACUACAGAGCCACACAUCAUCUGAGUGAAAAUGGUUUUUAUGAUUUUCUGAACUGGUUUGAUGAAAGUGCAUGGUAUCCACUUGGAAGAAUUGUUGGUGGAACGGUUUAUCCUGGUCUCAUGAUUACAGCAGGAGGAAUCCAUUGGAUUUUAAACGCACUUCACCUCACUGUUCAUAUUAGGGAUGUUUGUGUAUUUCUUGCUCCCUUGUUCAGUGGUUUGACAGCUAUUUCAACAUUUCUUUUAACAAAGGAGUUAUGGAGUGCUGGGGCUGGACUGUUUGCAGCAUGCUUUAUAGCGAUAGUUCCUGGGUAUAUUUCAAGAUCAGUUGCAGGAAGUUAUGAUAAUGAAGGAAUUGCAAUCUUUGCAUUGCAGUUUACUUAUUUCCUCUGGAUUAAAUCUGUCAAAACGGGAUCGGUUCUUUGGUCAGUGUUUGCCGCCCUGUCAUACUUUUAUAUGGUAUCGGCAUGGGGAGGAUAUGUUUUCAUCAUCAAUUUAAUUCCACUUCACGUAUUCGUGCUUCUACUUAUGCAAAGGUUUUCAACAAGAAUUUAUGUCGCUUACACAACAUUUUUUAUUCUUGGUCUACUGCUGUCUAUGCAAGUUCCAUUCGUUGGUUUUCAACCAAUUCGUACCAGUGAACACAUGGCAUCUGCAGGUGUAUUUGUCUUGUUGCAAGCUUAUUGUUUCCUCGACUACAUUCGUUCGAAAAUGACAAAACAACAAUUUCGUUCAUUAUUUUUCUUUGCUGUGACGGCAUCGGCUGGAGUGGUGUUUUUAACAGUAGUCGUACUGACAUACGCAGGUAUCAUUGCACCGUGGAGCGGUAGAUUCUAUUCAUUAUGGGACACAGGUUAUGCUAAAAUACACAUUCCAAUUAUCGCAUCAGUGUCUGAACAUCAACCUACAACUUGGUCGUCGUUUUUCUUUGAUUUACACAUUCUCGUCUGUGCUUUCCCUGCUGGAUUGUGGUUUUGCAUCAAGAAAAUCAAUGAUGAACGGGUUUUCAUUAUACUCUACGCCAUUUUUGCGGCCUAUUUUGCUGGUGUGAUGGUUCGACUUAUGCUGACGUUAACUCCAUGUGUUUGUAUGUUGGCGGGUGUUGCAUUUUCCAAUACAUUCUCAAUAUUUUUGAAAGAUGACGUCGAGACUAAUGAAAAAUCAGAGAAAAGGAGAUCUAUUUCGAAUGGUAAAGAAGCGGGUGAUGGUGAAAUUGAUGAGGAAACUCAGGAAGGGAAAUUGUAUGAUAAAGCAGGAAAACCUAAGAAAAAAUCUUCAACUUCUGCAGGAACUACUGGAACUUCUUCAUCCAAGUCAAAAAAAGAUGAAGACAAUACAUUGGGCUCAAAUUUGAAGAUGUUUGUGAUCAUGCUGAUGUUAAUGAUGCUCAUGAUGUUUGUUGUUCAUUGUACAUGGGUUACGGGAAAUGCUUAUUCAUCACCCAGUGUUGUGUUGGCUUCCUAUAAUAAUGAUGGGUCGAGAAACAUUUUGGAUGAUUUUCGUGAAGCUUAUUAUUGGCUGCGUCAAAAUACACACGAAAAGGCUAGAGUUAUGUCAUGGUGGGAUUAUGGAUAUCAGAUUGCAGGAAUGGCGAAUAGAACAACUCUUGUAGAUAACAAUACUUGGAACAACAGUCACAUAGCAUUGGUUGGCAAGGCUAUGUCGUCAACAGAAGAUAAAGCUAUAGAAAUUAUGAGAGCGUUGGAUGUCGAUUAUGUUCUUGUUAUUUUUGGUGGAGUUAUUGGAUAUUCUGGCGAUGAUAUCAAUAAGUUCUUAUGGAUGGUUCGUAUUGCUGAAGGUGAACAUCCAAAAGAUAUCAAAGAGUCGAACUAUUUCACCCCUCAGGGUGAAUUCCGAGUUGAUAAAGGUGGUUCGAAGACCCUUCUUAAUUGUCUGAUGUAUAAAAUGAGUUAUUACAGGUUUGGUGAUGUUCAGCUGGAUUUUCGCAAUCCCGCAGGAUAUGAUAGAACAAGGAAUGUUGAAAUUGGAAACAAGAAUAUCAAACUUAAACACUUGGAAGAAGCAUAUACAUCAGAACAUUGGCUUGUUAGAAUUUAUAGGGUUAAGAAACCAGCAAAUCGUGAAAAGAUGUCUCGUCCACUGACUCAUAAACAUUAUAAAGCCAAGUACAUUUCAAAGAAGACGAAAUCUAAGAAACGUGGCUACAUGAAGUCUAGGGAUAACAAAAAAAUCGUCAAAGGAAAGAGGAAUCGUGCAAAAUCAGUCAAGAAGUCUACGAAGAAAAAUAAAGCAGCAUCUUAGAUGAUAUUCCUUUCAAAAUAAAGCUGCUAAUCAUAUUCGAUGCUGAUAAAGAAAGAUUUCACUGACAUGUGCAAUCAAUCGUAUUUAGACACAACUUUGGAGUAGGCAAUUUCUGACAAUUUACUCCAAAGGGAUUUAUAUCAAAAUUUUAGUAAAUUUGUCAUGUGAUUUUUUUAUUAUAUUUGGGGUAAAAAUAUUGUAGAUGUUCAGGAUUGUUUUAAGUUUAAACGGUGCUGUAUGUAAGAAAUGUAGUUAGUUGAAAACACUUUUCGGAUCUGGAAUUCUGUCAAACCAAGUUUUUUUUUAUCUUCGAAUGGGUUUGUAGAUUUCUCCUCAUAUUUGAAAAUAUUUUACUUUACUAAAAUAGUAUAGGCUUCAAAGACUUGAAAUGAAAAGUACUGGUUCCCAACUCAUUUUUAAUAAAUCUCUCUUUGCUUAUUUUGGAUCUUUUCAUUCCUCCCACGUAUAAACUCCGGAUCCGUUAUUUGUUCAAUCUUUAAUAGAUCCUUAGGUAUUGCUACGCACAAUUCACUCCACACCACACUCGUAUUUCAUUAAUAACUCACUUGGAGGAAAAGAGUCAUGUCAGAAUUUGAAAAAAAUGACAUAAAAAAAAAAUUGAGGCAUUCACCCAAAAAAGAAACAAAAUGGCGACGAUUUGAAGUUUGUGUCUGAACAGAUUCGCUUAAAAUGACCAGCCCUAACCACGAUAACAUUGAUGAUUCAAUAUAUAUCUUUGCAAUAUAACCGGGCAUUUUAUUACCCAUUUCUAGUAGAAGUUUUAAUGUUAUAAGAAUAAAACAGCUAGGUUUCUAAGAAAUACAAAACAAAUAGUUUCAAAGACAGAUAAAAUAUUUUGAAACGUUUUUGAACGCUGCUUAAGUAUGUUGUAGUCGCUCGUAUAGUAAUUAUUGUCCUUCAUAUUUUUUUUAAUCUUAUCCCAUUCAAACACAGAAUUAUUACAGAUACUUUUGAUUUUCCAACAUGAUAGUUCAAAACCAAUCAUUCAAUUUAAAUUAUCUUAUCUGUUCAAAAUACUGAACAAUUUGGCAUUUACUCAGUUUGUUCAACAAAAAUCACUGUGGUCUCCUGGUAAGUAUUCUUUCAAAAUGAGCCUAAAAUUUAGUGACAAUAGUAACCUAUAUCUAAUUAGAUUGUGAAAUUUCUUCAAAUCCAUAGGUAAAUAGGAUUCAUAGGAUCAUUCAUCAAAAGCUGUUGCGUCUUAUAGACCGAUGCGCCUCAUAUGGGUAGAAAACCCAAUCGUGAGUGAUUGACAAUCUGCCUCCUGGUCCAUCAAAUGCUGUAUUUUUUGUCAUUGAUAUUAACUUUAAAUAAAUAAUUGUGUCAUGUAUGAAUAAAAUUCCAGUCUAAGCGAUUUCUUGACAAUGCGCCGCAUGGUCCAUAAAAUAUUGUAUUUUUCGCCAUUGAUAUGACCAAGAUAUUAAUUUUAAAUAAAUAAUUAAUUGUGUAGUCACGUCCACCUUGAUGUAAAUGCAGUCUCUCUUAUCUCAGGCCAUAACCAUAAUGUUGUUUCUAAAAGAAGUUAGGUGACACAUUUAAUUAACAACUUGUGGUUACUCAUGGUUUCGUUAUGAGAUUCAUUGUUAAUUGCAACAUGCCUGUCCUUAUUAUUAUAGAUCCUAUUGUACGCUUGCGGAAUAUGGUGUGCUAUUUUGAUAUAGGGAAAAGCGGAAAUAAAUUUUCUUGAAUAAAUGUCAGUCAAAUUUUGUUGUGAGCAUGA